AUGUGGCACGCGGACCGGAUGCUGGCCUGGCUCUGCGCACACCUCGGGGAUGAUCCUUCGACAGCAGACGACAUCGCGUACACAUUGGCUAUGCAUCGCACUUUCGUCAUCUCUGGCAUAACUAUAUUCGUGAUAUGGUCAGUCAUCGUUGCGCGUCCCAUUAUGCUUCGCCUCGAUACCGGCAGCGGGGUGACGCUGGCAUCCAAUAGAAAGACAUCGUCUGGUGUUGUAGACCACAAUUUCGUUGAGAUUGGUGACAUUGACUUAGUUCUCGCGGAGGAAGAAGCGGACGAGGAUUUCAUCGCGCCGGGGGCUAUGGCGGAGUAUUUACGAACGCUUGAUACCCACAAGCGGAAGGAUUCCACGGGGUAUAUCAACCGGACUGUGACCCCGGAGUUUAUGUUGGAGUUGUACGACAAACUGUCCAAACAUCGGUAUAACUUACAUGACUCCAAUAUCGUUCGAAGUUUUAAGAACAUAAAUCCAAAAGGUGCCGGGGUUCGAUACCCGCCAGUUAGUGGCCUAUGGCCCGGUGAAGCAGUACAUUCCCUCACGUUCGAUAUAUCCGCGCUGGACCGGACCGAGAACGUGAAUCUCGCGGAGCUGCGUUUGUACACCGUGAUAUCCAAGGAUCCCCGCAAGCAAAUAGGCGUCAGCAUUACGGUGACUAUAUUCGAAAUUGUUGACGUAUCCGACCAGUCAACUAGUCAAGUUAAAUACAAUAAAUUGACAACAAAGUACAUAUAUUUUGAAGAGAAUUCAUGGGAAAGUUUCGAUGUUACAAACGCUGUAAAGCGAUCGUUACAAAGUGCCUCAAAAAUAGAAAAGUUUGAAAUACGGAUUAGUGGAAUUUUUCUUGACACUUCCCGGGGUAGCAUGGGUAUAACAUUGGAUCCGCAAAAUGCUAAACAGCCGAUAUUGGUUGUGUAUUCCACGGAUAGUUCAGAGUCUCACAUACGGAACGCGGAGCGCCAUGACUUGCUUAUGCACGACAUGGCAACUCGGGGUAACCUUCACGCCACGAGCCGAUUGACCUCCCGGGAGGCGGUUUCCAGCCGAAAGUUUAGCCGGCAAAAGCGCAGUAAUGAGAUGCGUCCCAUCUGUAAAAGGAGACCGAUGUAUAUAGAUUUUGAAGAGCUGCACAUGCACGAGUGGGUGAUAGCUCCGCGGGGAUAUAAAGCGUACCAGUGCGCAGGCGCCUGCUACUACCCGUUGAGCGACCACCAGUCGCCGUCCAUGCACGCUAUCAUGCAGUCGAGGAUGCACGUGCUCAAUCCGCACCUCUACGUGGAGGCGUGCUGCGUGCCGACAAAACUGGCGCCCAUCUCUCUCCUUUACCUGGACAAACAGGAUGUCGUCGUGUUCAAGCCCGCGUACGAGGGCAUGGUGGUGGAGGAGUGUGGAUGCAGAUAGGGGUCGGUCAAAUGAGGUCGCGUGGCGAAGUGGAUAUGGUUCACGCCUAGCGACCGGGAGGUGAGGGUUCGUUCCUUAAUUCGGGAGCGUUCUCAUGAUCUCCCCAAAAGACACCAAGUACUAGUUUUACCCAUGAAACGAACUUGAGAGCGUCUUAAAAAGCCAUUGGCUUUCGAUGCAAUCGAUCGAAAAUAAAUAGGUUUAAACUUAAUGAGAUUCGCUCGCGCGGGGGACGCUGUGGGCAUCGGGCUGAUAUUGGCGGACCGCAUCAAUAAUUGGCUCCGUGUGGGCUUCAAAGACUGAAGAGAACAAUUGGGCUUUAUCACUUUAUUGUUUAAAUGGCCUUCAAAAAAUGAGACAGAGCUACAACGGUUGCAAAGAGAACGCGGAUACAUGGCAAGUAAAUCACAGGUAUUGAUUAGUAAUGGAAUUCGAGACAAUAUAUGGAACUUUAGUGGCAAUGUGCGAAUAGAGACGCGAGCGGCAACUACAUCCUCUAAAAGCCUUGAACGAUUACAGUGUGCGAGUGGGUUGUGCAGCAGGACCGGAGCAUGUUUGGUGCAGAAGCGUCGAACUGUGGGAAAUCCGGGCUUAAUGCAUGAGAGUAAGGUAUCGUCCCAAAUAAGCCUGUGCAGUUGUAAAACACGGGUAGUAUUGUGGGGGGGGGGGUAAAUUAUAUUUCAUGUUUUUAAAGAGGGCUUUAAUGGAGCGUGCAGUGUUAAACUAUCUUCGUAAUUUACAGAGUGAUUGCGUUGUAUUCAAUUUUAUUAUGCUGAGCAUUAAGAUAUCCAAACACAAAAUAUUGAUAGAGGGCAUUUAGAGGAAGUGCAGGGUACAAAAACCACAACUCUCUUGUCAGUUUGUUUGGAGUUCUUACCCUUUUGUUACUUUUGUUUAGUCACUUUUUAUAAACCAAAACUUUGCAACUAAUGAAUGGAUGAAGCUUCAUAAAAUGAUUUCUUUCAGAGAACAUGCCGAGGACAAGGUGCUAGUACCCUAAUAGUUCGAACGCAGCUAUUGUCCUUUGUUUAAGUUUCUUGAAUGGUGCAUUAUUCAUAUGUUUAGAACGUAUUAAAAUGAAACUCUAAAUGUACAAAGACCAUCACUCUUUAUGUAGUGCUUGGGUUAUUUCCCUUUGCCUAUUUCUUGUGCAGCGCGUAAGUACACACUGUAAUAUUCUUCUGCGAAGCAUAACUCGACACAUAUUGAUAUGACUCAAAUGAAACAUCAUAUAUGGGUUUCUUGUGCACUUGAGAGGGAGAACGCAUAAUAGGAACCAUGAUUUUUUCUUUGAUAUUUAAGCAGCAAUUUCCGUUUGUUUCAUUUUCGUGAUAAAAGCAUAACUCUAGUAAUAUGAAAUAUUGAAAUUCAUAUCUUUUAAUGAAAAUUGAACGAAAUCGCAAAACAAGUAGCAUAAGCUAUAUCUUAAACGAUAAUGAGUUCAUGGUCUUUGAUUUGUUUUCAAUUUUGGAGCAUUUCUCUCUAGUAUUCAAGAGAAUAUGAAAAAAAGUGCAUGUUAUAAAAGGAAAAACUGAGAUGCAGUGCAUGGUACAAAUUUCGUUACUCUUUCUUUACCCGAGUUCAAACCCCGUCCCCGGCAGUAUGCGAGCUUGGCCACCAUACCAGACACGUGUUAUAUGGAAUAAGACCUAUUUUUGACGACGCGGCUGAUUUUAUAUGUUUCAUAUAUUUUAUUUGUAAAA